AUGAAGAUUUAUAAUAUUCAAAAGAAAUUACAUUCUCACUUAAGUUAUCAAGUGUGUCAGUUCAUCAAAUCGUUGUUAUUAAAUUUUAACAGCAAAAACCUCUAUAAGAUGGCGAAUCAAGAAGUUCUCGAACAAAAGUUUGGUUUUGCCACAACUGCUAUUCACUGUAGGGUAGAAUCGAAGGAGACUUGCACAGGUGUAGUACAGCCUAUAGUAACAGCAGCUACAUUCCAACUUUCUGAGCCCGUUGUCGAAGAUAAAAUAUACUGCAGUGAGUGCGAAAACCCAAAUAGAUACUCACUGGAGCAGUGCUUAGCAGAAUUAGAAGACGGCAAUUAUGGUUUCGCUUUCUCUUCCGGUCACGGAGCGAUGAUGACAAUUUGUACGUUGUUGAGCCAAGGAGAUCACAUUCUUUCCAAUAAUGACAUUUAUUCAGGUACUUCUUGCCUAUUUAGGGAAAUCAUUUCAAGAAUGGGAAUCGAAAUUACAUUUGAAGACUUCGAAAAUGUUCAAAAUAUUGAGAAAGCAAUUCAAAAGAAUACAAAGAUGGUUUGGGUUGAGACUCCAAUAAAUCCAACGAUCAAGCUUAUUGACAUAGCUGCUGUUUCCAAAUCAGUUAAAAGUCAUGGUGAUAUCCUUGUUUGUGUCGAUAAUACGUUCCUUACAUCGUACUUUCAAAAACCUCUAGAUCUCGGGGCCGAUAUUGUUAUGUAUUCUGUAACUAAGUUUAUAAAUGGCCACUCCGAUGUCAUAAUGGGUGCAGCUAUCGUUAAAGAUGAGAAAAUAGCGAAAAGUUUGAAUACUCUACAAAUGUACGUGGGGGCGGUGCCAUCUCCCAUAGAUUGCUAUCUCGUAACUAGAAGUUUGACAACAUUGUCUUUGCGCAUGGAGAGACACAAACAGUCAAGUUUAACUAUUGCAAAGUGGUUAUUAACCCAGGAACACGUUUUAGAAGUUUUACACCCUGGACUCCCGGAGCAUCCACAGCACGAACUUGCAAAAAGACAAACUUCUGGUCAUUCGGGUGUCUUCAGUUUUAGGCAUUCAGGAGAUUUGAACAAAUCUAGAAUAUUUUUGUGCGCCUUAAAACUGUUCAUCUUGGGUGUCAGCUUAGGUGGAAUGGAAAGUUUGGCAGAAUUACCGUCUACGAUGACACAUGUGAAGCUUUCUGAAAAACAACGAAUCAAGUCAGGUAUCACAGAUUCUCUUAUAAGACUUUCGAUUGGGCUGGAAGAACCCGACGACCUUAUAAAGGAUUUAGAUCAAGCUUUCAAAGUUGCUUUUCAUUAA